CAAGGGGGUGCUGUUUCAAACAUAAGAUCUUAUGGGUCCCAGCCUGUAGGCAUCUUUUACUCCAACUCCCUGCAUAGAUCAUUUAAUUCAUUCCAGGUGACAUUGGCUGGCAGAUUCUGGAUGAGAUGUUUGCUGUUGCUUUCUUCCUGUUGUCUUUAAUGACUUGUCAGCCUGCGGUAACCAUACAGGAGAAGGUGAACCGCAGAGUGAGCCGGGCUGCUGAGACUUUCAACCCCACAGCAGUUGACUGCCAGCUAGGUAGCUGGUCAGAGUGGACUGAAUGCUUUCCAUGCCAGGAGAAAAAGUACCGAUACCGGAGCCUGCUGCAGCCAAACAAGUUUGGGGAAACCAUCUGCAGUGGUGAUGUCUGGGGUGAGACGAGCUGUCACAGAGCCACAGCUUGUGUAACUCAAGCACAGUGUGGACAAGAUUUCCAGUGUAAGGAGACAGGUCGCUGCCUGAAACGCCACCUCGUGUGUAACGGAGACCGGGACUGCUCUGAUGGCUCUGAUGAGGACAACUGUGAUGAUGUCAGGGUCCCUGAAAACGACUGCAGCUUGUAUGACCCAAUUCCAGGGUCUGAGAGGGCAGCUCUUGGGUAUAAUAUCCUGACCCAGCAAGAAACUCAGAGCGUGUAUGAUGCCACGUAUUAUGGGGGCCAGUGUGAGACGGUAUACAAUGGGGAGUGGAGGGAACUUCGAUACGACCCUGCCUGUGAGCGUCUCUACUAUGGAGAUGAUGAGAAGUACUUCCGGAAACCCUACAACUUCCUCAUGUACCGUUUUGAAGCCCUGGCAGACACUAGUUUCUCCUCAGAGUCUUAUGAGGAUACAAAUGAACUUUUAACUAAACUAAAAAACGACCUGUCUCUGUCAGGUGGGUUGACCGUUGGUGUGGGCCUCUCACGCGUUCCGGUAACAGUGGAUGUAGGUGUAUCUGGAUCAUAUGCCUCUUCGUUCUUGAAUCAGUUAAACAAGUACAACGAGAAGAAAUAUGCCUUCAUCAGAAUUUUCACAAAGGUGCAGACUGCUCAUUUUAAGAUGAGGAGGGACAAUAUUAUGCUAGAUGAAGGAAUGAUGCAGUCAAUAAUGGAGCUUCCGGAGCAGUACAAUUAUGGCAUGUAUGCCAAGUUCAUCAAUGACUAUGGCACCCAUUACAUAACAUCUGGAUCAAUGGGUGGAAUUUUUGAGUAUUUCCUGGUGAUUGACAAAGAAAAAAUGAAGUCAACUGAAAUUACCUCUGACAGUAUCCAGAAAUGCUUUGGAGAGUCUGUGGGCAUUACUUACGCCUUUUCAAAAAGCACAGAUAUUGAAGGAGGUUUAUCAGUCAAACAAUGUGAAAAAGAUGGAAAUGCUUAUUCUUAUUCCAACUUAAACAACAUGGCUGUGAAAGAUGUCAUUUCUCGGGUGCAAGGUGGCAGUUCUGGCUGGGGUUUUGGCUUGGCUCACAACACAAGCACCAUUUCGUAUCGUUCCUGGGGGAGGUCGUUAAAGUAUAGUCCUGCUAUUAUUGAUUUUGAGAUGCAGCCUGUCUACGAGCUGCUGCGGCACACGACCCUGGGACCCCUGGAGGCCAAACGCCGGAACCUGCAGCGGGCCUUGGAUCAGUACCUGAUGGAAUUCAAUGCCUGUCGCUGCGGGCCCUGCUUCAACAAUGGAGUGCCCAUCCUUGAAGGCACCAGCUGCAAAUGUCAGUGUCCCCUGGGUCGCAUGGGCCUUGCCUGUGAGAAAAUGGCGCAAAAGGGAGUCAAGGCAGAGGGUCACUGGGGAUGCUGGAGCUCCUGGUCUGCUUGCACAUCAGGCACUCAGGAAAGGAGGAGAGAGUGCGACAACCCCCCACCUAAGAAUGGAGGCACCCCGUGUCCGGGGCGGAGAGUGCAGACCCAGGCUUGCUGAGGACCUCUGGGCACAGGCUGGGACACAUGCAAAGGAUGCCACCACCUGCACUGACCACUGGAUAGCGACUGCGAGAAAUGUCAAUCACCAUGGACUUCUUCUUUGUCCUGCCAGCUCCAAGGCCUAUGACCAGGCUGUGCCAUCUGCAACCGUUUUAUUCCCCCAGAAAACUCAGCCAUCCAUGAACCAGGUGUUGAGUGAGUGUUAACCAGAUCCUUGGUCCUGCUCACAGCACUUUGGAUCAUCCAAAAACAAAAAGAGAGAGAGAGAGAGAGAAAUCUCAACCCAUGUCUUGGAGGAGGUUAGGAGUACAAAGCAGGAAGAUGCUCUUGAAACAUUCAAAGGCCAAUAAAACAAAGUUUGAUGAGAAUUAUCUUGGUUCUUUGAUACUAAUAUUUGUUCAAUCAUAGAAGGAUUAUUAGUAAGAUAAGCAGAUAGUGAAAUAAUGAGAAAAAAA